AAGCAGCUGACACAGGAUGAUGAUGCUGAUGAGGUUGAGAUUGCUAUCGACAACACAGCUUUCAUGGAUGAGUUCUUUUCUGAGAUUGAGGAAACCCGGCUCAACAUUGACAAGAUCUCAGAGCAUGUGGAGGAGGCAAAGAAACUGUACAGCAUCAUCCUCUCGGCACCCAUUCCGGAGCCAAAAACCAAGGAUGACCUAGAACAACUCACGACAGAGAUCAAGAAACGGGCCAACAACGUCCGGAACAAGCUGAAGAGUAUGGAGAAAAGUAUUGAAGAAGAUGAAGCCCGGUCAUCAGCAGACCUCCGGAUACGGAAAUCCCAGCACUCUGUCCUCUCCAGGAAGUUUGUGGAGGUGAUGACCAAAUACAACGAGGCCCAGGUGGACUUCCGAGAACGCAGCAAAGGGAGAAUCCAGCGGCAGCUUGAAAUUACCGGCAAGAAGACCACCGACGAGGAGCUGGAGGAGAUGUUGGAGAGUGGGAACCCCGCCAUCUUCACUUCUGGGAUCAUUGACUCCCAGAUUUCCAAGCAAGCCCUCAGCGAGAUCGAGGGGCGGCACAAGGACAUCGUGCGGCUGGAGAGCAGCAUCAAGGAGCUUCACGACAUGUUCAUGGACAUCGCCAUGCUGGUGGAGAACCAGGGUGAGAUGUUAGACAACAUAGAGUUGAAUGUCAUGCACACGGUGGACCACGUAGAGAAGGCUCGGGAUGAGACUAAAAAAGCCGUGAAGUACAAGAGUCAGGCCCGCAAGAAGAAGAUCAUGAUCAUGGUCUGCUGCAUAAUCCUUGCGGUCAUCUUGGCGUCUACCAUUGGGAGCGUGUUUGCCUGAGAAAGCCCCCAGGAUGGAUCCCGACUGGCAUUUCUAAUCCUCCUUCCAUCUCUGUGGGCCAUCACUUCUCUACUGCAGACUCCACAGUGACUUCUUUCCAUUAGGAAACCUCUUAUGACCCAGGGCAUCAAUCGACUAUUAAAAGUUAUGCAAAGGGACUGCAAACUUAGGAAAAUACAGAAUCAGGUAGGGGGCAGGGGGGAAGGAACAGGUAAUCCAGACAGAGAAAGCAGGUUGGGCAUUGGGUUAAAGGGACGGUAGGGUAGAGAAGGCAGAAGGAAUACUUGCCCCAAGGGCAUGGUGGUGAAGGGGCAGGUAGUACCAGGCACCCAAUUCAAUUGGGUCUGUUAGCCUGUUUAAGUUGAUUAGCGAGAUCAUGGCAUUUAUUGCUUUUGCAACUAAGCUUUAAAGUCUCAACUUCGGUCACCCCCACAUCUAGUUUCUUUAGGGCCCAGGAGUAAGUAGUUAAAGGGAAGAUGAUCCGGGGAUGGGAAACAUGCAGGUCUUGCUCUCUGCCGUGUCCCCAGUGCUUCGCAUAGUGCCUGCCACUUACAGGUGCUCAGUAAAGAUUUGUUGUUGACUUGAUUACUUGUAAGUAAACUCCUGACUGUGCCCUUGGAUUUGACCUCUUUACACCCCUCAAGGCAGGAUUGUUUCGGUGUGAGAGGUAGUAUGGGGGCCUUUCAAAAAGUUAAGUUCUUUGAAAAAUUCCAUUACCUUUAAUUCCAUUUUUCCACAAACCUUUUCUGGCCUCUUGUAUAAAGCUGACUAGGAACACACUGACCCAUUAAUGCAAAAUUGCCAGAGAAGGCCCACGAUCACAGCAUUACCUUACUCUCUCGAGGAGUGGCGAUGGUAGGAUUCCAUCACAGCUUCUCAUUCUGCAAUGGCGGGCCCCAGGAAUGUUCAGUUCAGUAAUUAAAAUGCACACCCGCCCUCCACCCCCAUGAUAGAAAUUGUAGUAGUUAUCAGUACCACCAGAUCAGCUCUUAUACCAUAACUAACAAAAAGAAAACUAAGAUGUUAGAGAACGGUGAAAGGAGACGGUUGCCUCUUACCUGAUUCAUACUGCCAGCUGCAACCAUGUUGGGUUACAAGGUAUGUUUAUGAAACAGUUCUAACAGUCCCCAACCCGAGGUUCAGGUGUUCAGCUUUAAAACUGCCUAUGUGAAUGAAUUUUAACACAGGUCACUUGAUUGCUACAUGAACAAAGGCUCACUAAAAUAUAUGAAAAACUAUAGUACCCACCUCUUAAGGAUUUUAAAAAUUUGUUAUCUUUGAAAGUGAAUUAUAAGUGAAAAGUGUGGUGUUAAAAAGAAAAUGGGCUAACUCCAUCAACCUGUCUUUCCUGUGAUUUGAAUUGGGGAGAGAUUACUAUUGGUCAGCUCUGAAGACCAGGUCUUGUUAAAGGCAAAUAGGGAAUUGGAACCAAUGGGCCCUCACGCAUCUAGCCGUAAUGGGAGGGCUGUGUGGCACAUGCGGAGCCCUGGUGGCAGUGGUUACGAGUUGGGUUGCUAAUUGGAAAGUCAGCAGUUGAAACCACCAGCCAGAGGGAGAAAGAUGAGGCUUUCUACUCCCAGAGUUAACAGUCUCGGAAACUCAGGGAAAGUGCUACCCCGAUCCCAUAGGGCCAGAGUCAGACGUGACUCAAUGGCAGUCCGUUUGUUGGUUGUAGCACAGGGGACUGUGCAGGCCAGCAGAGAGAGAAACAGACCUAAUCAUAAUCUGCAAGGCAGGACCAACCUAGGACAGGCCACACCAUUCCACUCUCUCCUCUUGGCUCCCUCUGCUCGGAGGCAAGGGUAGGCUCCUUGCCAUGCUGUUACCAUCUUUCCCUCCAAGACUGUGAGAUGGGCAGGUAGGCAUCAAUAAAUACAUGUUGAAUCAA